GGGACUUUUAUACAUCCUCCAGAGGUCAUUUCCUGUUUGUGUUCGCUGCCUGUCGCCAGAUUCCCGCUUCUGGAUUGACACGUCACGAAGGUCAGGAACGAACUGAUGGAAAAAUGGCGAGCACCUACAACACCUUCAAUCUACACACGACCCCAGAGAAGUUCUACAUCGAGGCGUGUGAUGAUGGAGCUGGAGACGUCCUCGCCAUUGACCGCGUGUCCACAGAAAUGACCCUCACAGUGAGGAAGGACGUCCCUCCGUCAGCAGUGACGCGUCCGAUGUGUGGCAUCAUGGGAACCAUUCGUCUGGUGGCAGGCACGUAUCUCAUCGUCAUUACAAAGAAGAAGAAGGUGGGCGAUCUGCUGGGUCACGCCGUCUGGAAAGCCACUGACUUUGAUAUCGUUUCCUACAAGAAGACGGUUCUGCAUCUGACUGAUACUCAGAUGCAGGACAACAAGGCCUUCCUGUCCAUGAUCAACAGCGUCCUGAAUACAGAUGGUUUCUUCUUCGCCACAGACUACGACCUGACGCACACAUUACAGCGGCUGGCCAACACCAGCCCCGAGUUUCAGGAGAUGACUCUGCUGGAGCGCGCGGAUCAGAGAUUCGUGUGGAACGGUCAUCUGCUCCGAGAAUUCAUGGCACAGCCUGAGCUGCACAAAUUCGUCUACCCUGUUAUUCACGGCUUCAUCACCAUGAAGUCGUGCUGCAUAAACGGCAAAAUCUUCGACUGGAACAUCAUUUCUAGGAGGAGUUGUUUCCGUGCUGGCGUCCGCUACUACGUCAGAGGUAUUGACUCUGAAGGUCAUGCGGCCAACUUUGUUGAGACGGAACAGAUUGUUCAGUAUAAUGGAGCAAAAGCCUCAUUUGUUCAGACUCGUGGCUCCAUCCCGUUCUACUGGUCUCAGAGACCAAACCUGAAGUACAAACCAAAACCACAGAUCAGCAAAAGCACCAAUCAUCUGGAUGGUUUCCAGAGGCAUUUCGACUCUCAGAUCAUCACAUACGGCAAACAAGUGAUUCUGAACCUGGUGAAUCAAAAGGGCUCAGAAAAGCCGCUGGAACAGGCCUUCGCGAAGAUGGUGGACAAUCUGGGCAACGGCAUGAUCAAGUACAUCGCGUUUGACUUCCACAAGGAGUGCAGCCGUAUGAGGUGGCAUCGCCUGCAGAUCCUGGUGGACAAGGUGGCGGAAAUGCAGAAUGAAUUCGGCUACUUCCUGGUGGAUUCGGACGGGACGGUCCAGUUACAGCAGGACGGGACGUUCAGAAGCAACUGCAUGGACUGUCUGGACCGAACCAACGUCAUCCAGAGUCUGCUGGCGCGCCGCUCGCUGCAGUCGCAGUUAGAGAGGAUAGGAGUUCUUCAUGUGGGGCAGCGGAUUGAAGAACAGGCGGAUUUUGAAAAAAUAUACAAGAACUCAUGGGCGGAUAACGCCAACGCCUGUGCCAAACAGUACGCCGGGACCGGAGCCCUGAAGACCGAUUUCACACGGACAGGGAAGAGAACGCAGUGGGGUUUGCUGAUGGACGGCUGGAACUCUAUGAUCAGAUACUACAAGAACAACUUCUCAGACGGAUUCAGACAGGACUCCAUUGACCUGUUUCUGGGUAAUUAUGCUGUGGAAGAGGCGGAAAUGAACACUCCUCUACAUGAGCCCAAAGACUGGAAGUUCCUCACGCUGCCGAUCAUCAUGGUGGUUGCUUUCUCAAUGUGCAUCAUAUGUCUCCUGAUGGCUGGUGACACCUGGACAGAGACGCUGGCGUAUGUGUUGUUCUGGGGCUCGGCGAGCGUGGUGACGGCCGGCGUGAUCCUCUUCAACGGCCGGGACUUCGUCGACGCGCCCAAACUGGUGCAGAAGGAGAAGAUGGACUGAACCUGCGUGUGUGGGAAGCAGCUCGGUCCCGCCGAGUCUUCGUCCUCCUCCUCCUCAUCCUCAGGGCUGUCCUACUCUCAGGCCUGGAGCCUGUACUGACGCCGCGCUGCCGGAGGAAGAGGAGGAGGAUGAAGGCCAGGGGCCAGACGGGACACUCCGCUGCUCUCCACACCAGGAUCGUAUCUCACAGACAUCCCAUAAUUCCAUGGGCUCACGGGCAGCUUCACAGACGCAGUGCAGAUCGGGACCAUGAGGGACUCGGCCCUGUCCUCGUGGUUCAUGCCGUGUUUCCGUGUCGAAUCGCACGCGCGGGACGUUUGCGUAUCUGCCGUCACCUCAGAAUCACUGUCUUGUUUUCUAAUGAAAAAAAGUGUGAACGAAACAAUAUGCAUUUAAAAUAAACAUGUUGUAACACUUUACAAUAAGGUUUCAUUAGUUAACGAAAUCAGUUAACUAUAUUCUACCUCGUUAAUGUUAAUCUCUACAUUUACUACUGCAUUUUUAAAAUUAAAAGUUGCAUCCGUUUAACGCACUGUCAACUUUACAUGAACAAUUGAAUUUUUAUUAACUAACAUUGACAAAGUAUGGAAGUCCGUUUCCACCACGGAAUAAAAAAUUAUUUUGACUAUUUCACAAUUUAAAGAUUUUAGUUUAUGGCUGAUAAUUCAGACUUUUUUCUUGUAAUUCACUGUAUAUAUCUCAAUUCAGUAUUUUAUUUAUUUAUUUUCCUUUUUGCAAUAGUGUUUCUAUCAAAAAAUGUGCUUGUUUUUCUCACAAUUCCGAGUUUAUAUCCGACAAUUCCGACUUUUUUCUGCACAAUUCUGAGUUUUAACAGUUCUGACUUAUUUUCGCAAUUAUGACUUUUUCUCAUAAUUUUGAGUUUAUAUCUCACAAUUAUUUGUGAGAUAUAACUUUUUUCCUUUGAAUUUUGAGUUUUUACAUUUUGCAAUACUAUUUUUUUUUUUCGUUUCCACCACAGAAUAAAAAUAAAAAUAAAGGUAAAAUUUUUAUCUUAUAAUUCAUACUUUUUUCUCACAAUUCUGCAUUUGUAUUUCACAAUUCUGAAAAAAAGUCCAAAUUGUUAGAUAAAAAGUCGCUAUUACCUUUUUAAUUUUUUAAUACAGUGGUGGAAACAAGCUUCCAUAACAAAGAUUAUUAAAUGUGUAUAUUGCUUAAUGUUAGUUCAUGUCAGUUAAUACAUUAACUAAUGCAAAACAUUACCAAAAAUUCUAAAUCAAGCUUAAUAUGAAUUUAUGCAUAUACAUUUUUAAUAUAUACAUAUACAUUUUUUUAAAAUUAACUAAUGUAUAUGUAUUAACAUUUAAUCUAUAUUAUUUUCAAUUUGUAAUAAUAAAUGCUAUAAAUAUAAUUUUUAGUUGAAAUGUUGAAUCUUGUUAUAAAGUGUUACUAAGUAAGUUUUGUUCUCAGCAAAUAUAUUUUACGCUAAAUGGGGUUUUCCUGUUUUAAGCAAAAACAUUUCUUCAGAGGUUUUUGCUUUAAAACAAGGAAAAAUAUUACAAAAUAAAAGUAAUCUUAUCUUUAAUUCUGCAUAAAAAAAAAAAAUUAUAUAUAUAUACAUUUUUAUUUUUAUUUUUUUUUAAAUUGGAAAACAAGACAAACAUACGGUUUUGCAUUGCGGCAGCUGCACGUCUCAGUAUUUAGAAGUGAAUUUGAGUAUUUGAGACGGACCCGGAAUUCAUGUGCAUUCAAAUGAACUCAUUUUAUCCUCCUCUUCACUAUCAUGGUCUUCCUCAGUCUGUGAUUUGGGAGCUUUUGCAAACGAACAGUUCGAGUGCGGAGCUGAAUGAACCGAAUCUGUUCGGAAUCCGGACUGAUUCAUAUGAAUCUUUACUUGGGACCAGCGUCUCAUUGUCCAAAGGAUUUUCUAUGUGCCAUCUCUGUUUGGGAUCUGAAUUGCGAGUGUUUCGCUGCUUCUGACAGACGGACGAACAAUGCCUUAUGUUUGCGAUGCUCUUCGUUUAAUUUCUCUGUGUCUCACUGUGUCUUACCGGAGAAUGUAAAAAUAAUGUCUAUAAUUGUUAUUAAAGUUAUCAUGAUGCUUGUGUUGGUCAGUUUCAGUCUGAAGGGAAAAGAGCACAAAUUGUUUCUGAAAUGAUGCAAAAAUACAUUAUAAAAUGACAAAUGCUGUCACUGCAGACUGUGUUCAGGCUGAUGUCAGUUGCAUUGACUGGAACGUGUUUGCAUGACCUUACUGACUGAAAUUUCAUAACGUGUGUGCUUUGAACCUGCACUGAGCUCAAACUGAAUGGCAAUAAGAGGCAGAAAAUGCCAGAGCGGAUCAGCAGAGCCGCAGGAGGUCGUCCAAUUAAGAGCUGUUUCUCCACGUGAACUCAACGGCCAGACGGCUUCAGUGCAAGCGUGAGAUCAAAAACAGUGCACCUACAAAUUACAAUUCAAUGGAAGCUCGUUUCAGCUACUGGAUAAAAAAAAAUUUAAAAAAGUUAUAGUGACAAUUCUGACUUUUUCUCAGAAUUGCAUUUAUAGCUCAAUUGCCUGUUAUAAUUUCUGUUUAUGUUUCUGCCAUGGAAUAAAAAUAAUAAAGGUAGAUCUAAUUGGGACUUUUUUUCUUGCAACUGUGAGUUUAUAUCACAAUUCUGAUAUCGGUUAAUGGUCACAUGAAACACAGAUAAACUGUAAAAAUUGAAAUAAAAUGAAA